AUGGAGCCCUCCGACGGUUCUGUUGUGUUUGUAGAUGAUGCGGACGACGAAGAGGAAGUGUCGCCGCCUCCCUCUUCUUCCUCUUCUUCCUCUUUUUCUUCUACUCCUUUGAGGUCAUCGAAAGUGUCUUCGGUUGAGGCCUCGGCGUGCAGUCCUCUGCCGUGUGACGUGAAUCGCCUAAAAGCACGGAUCCAGCUGCAACGCGCAAAAAUUGAGUUUCAAGAACAACGGAUUUCCCAACUCCAGCGCGAGCGCGAAGAGGCGCACUGCCGCCUUGCCAAUCAGCAACACAUCACGGGCGAAGCGGAGAUAGCAGAACGCGGGAACCGGCACUUCCACAGAGGACGCGGUGGAGAGAAGACCGAGGAAGAGCGAGGCGUUGGAGCCUGGGGAAGAACGGGACAGCAGGUGGGCGGAGCAGGCGGAACCCGCGACGGCAACGACCGAGAAGAUGCACUCGCUUCCGAGAACGACAGGCUUCGCCAGCGCGUCGAGGAGCUGGAGAGACGCCACCGCGAGCAUGUAACGCUGCUUUCGCAGCUGCGAGCCGCUCAAGAAACAUCGCGAGCGGCGCCGUCGUGUGUCCCUGCCCCCGCUGGAGAAACGCACGCGCCGACCAGAGGCCAGGGAGGAGAGGAGGGCGGCUCAUGGGCGCUGUCUGGAAACGAGAGACAGGAAGGGGGACUGAUCAGGAGAGAGACAGAGGGACAGCAACAUGGAGACGCAGACGGAGAGGAAGAAAGCGAGGGCAGGAGAGGGAUGGAAGCCGCACAGCUGAUGAAGAAGAUCGACGAGCUUCUCCAGUCCGAGGAGGCACUUUGCGGAAUGUCUGAAUCCGCGAGGAAUAAAUUAAGAGAGAUUCGCACGCAGGUCUGUCGUAGGCAUCGCGAGGCAGCUAGAAGUGGCUGGUUGGCUGCCGCAUCUUCUGCCGCUUUAGGUCCGGAAUGUCGCGCCCAGUCCGACGGAGCAGGAGUGGGAGACGAACGGGAGGAAGGCAGGGAACGGCAAGGAGCAGAACGGCCAAAGAGUCGCAGUUCUUGCCCCGAGAUACCAGCCUCGUUUUCUAGAGGCACGCGACGGAGUGAAGGCGCGGCGAAAGACACCAGCGAGAAGGUGGCGGCAGAGGAAGACACAGAACGCGUUCUUCUCCACCUUCUGGAAUUGAUCAUGGUCCAGAGAGGAGCCGGAAUGUGGGGGCCUGUCCUGUCGCCUGCCUCGUUCAGGCUGUUGUCGCAUUCUCUUCGGCGACUCGUUAAAGCCAGCGUAGCCGUUUCUCGCUCUGAGCGAGCGCUGCUGUCGGCUGCAGGCCUGCCGUUCUCUUCUCAGGCUUUCGCGUCUCCGCCGGCACCUGGCGAAGCGGGUGGCUUUCCCAUGCAUACUGUUUCCGCUCUUCUCAGGGAAUCAGGUUCGCAGAACGGCGAGGACGGAGACCCGAACCAAUCCGCACGCGUUCUCCUCUCCCGUCUCGAGCAAGAACAAGACAGCUUCAAAAGCGAAUUUGUCUCGGCUUUCCAGGGUUUCUGGCUGCUCGUCUGCGGCGAAAUGGAGCGCUGCCUCCAGUGUACAUACACGCCGGCUCGGCUGUGUGCCUUCUUGGACUUUUUGCACCUGCUUUUCUCGCACUUACCCGCUGCCUUCGUCGCGCUUUUCCUUCAUGGCGAAGGCGAGGGUGACGAAGGAGAGCCCGGCGGCGCAGCAGACGAAGCGCUGCGGAUGCGCAACGUUCCAGAGGCUGCCUUUGCGCCCGCUGAGCGUUCUCGGUAUUCCACGGGAGGUGACGUCCUCCGAGACAUCCUUCGCAGCGUGCAUGCAGCCUUAAAGCAGCUAGAUCCUGCUCUCCCCGACUGCGUCGAAGACGCGUAUGUCGCCGGUCGAAGCUCGGGACUGGAGGCUGGGGGGGGUAGGAAUUUAUUUCGGCUCGCUGCAGGAGCGAAGAACGCAUGCACUGCAACAGGCCUUUCGAGCCGCGACGCAGAGCCCCCAGAGAGCCACCCAGCUUCUCAGGCACUCCCCACGCGCGCCGCUGCCUCCGCGGGCGCUGUAGCGUGCCUGGAGCGAGCAGGAAACGCCGAUGCGUCGACGGAGAGGGAGAGAGGAGAACGCGAGCAUCCCUGGUCGCCCUCAGCCUUUUCGACACACGAACGCGACAGCCACUGCAGGAUAGGCGCGAAUUGGGGGAGGCCGAAGGCGAGACCUCCGCCCCCCGGGAAGGCGCGAGACGAGCAACACGCGCCACCGGGACCGUUGCGCCUGCCUGGAGACGAACAGAUGCCUCGGUAUCCGUUGCCGUUUUUCUACCGGCUCGUAUCCUCCCCAGUCCGCGCCUUUUCCUCCUCUUCUCCAGUUGCUCGUGGAGCUUCUGUUUCGCUGUCUCCGCCUGUCGCGGUGCCGCCUCUUUGGGCGUUCUCCUUUCUUCUAAAUCGGUUGUUACGCCUUCUUCAGACCUUGGCAGCCGCUCUCCGUCUUCAUCAGCAGCGCCUCCUUCACUUGCGCCGGUCGCCCCUCCCGCCGGGAUGCGCGCCCUCGUCUCUCGCCUUUUCUGCGUCGCCAGCGUCUUCGAAAGUUGCGACUCGGCCAGACACGUCUUCGCCUUUGACCGUCGUUUCUGCGUGCUCGACGCAUCUCCCAUCUUCUGCCUUUCCUUCGUCACGUUCUGGUUUCUCACGUUCGGCCGGUGGCUCGGGGCGUUUGUCGCCCAAAGACGUGGACGACCCUGGAGAAACUGCAUCUGUCCUGCAUGCGUUUCGCCAGUUGUGCCGCGCGAAGGUGGAGGCGGAGGUCCACGCCCAGCUUCGGAAACUGGAAGCGCGAUCGUUUUCUUUUUUUCUUCAAAUCGACGCCACCCCGUCCCUCCACGAACUUCUUCAACUGCACGUCUUGACGGACCCGCCCAAGUCGCCACCGCCGCCCGCGCCUUCGCUCCUGAUGAGCCCGCCUGCCGUCCGACACUUCGUGGCAAGCGAAAAGAGGGAAGAGAGGGAAGAGAGAGCAAUGAGACUCGCGGGAAAACGCUGGCAUCCAACUGGUGAUUCGGGAUGGGGCCGCAGGAACCAGGCAGUGGAUAAUACCGCCGAGAAGGGCGAGAGGGGGGAGAAGGGGGAGAAGGGGGGACGGGUGCCGAGUCCAGAGGGCGAGGAUGCACGCGAAGAAAGCGACGAAGAGAUCACCCAAGGACAGGACGAUCUGCUGCUUGAAGCUUGCAUUCAGCAGUUCCUCCACCCCCCUGAGCCUCUCUUCGAUUUGCGUCUCUCCGCGCUUCGUUUGGUUCGCGAUGCAGUCAGUCUUUGUCGGUACGCGUUCGGGACUCUCGUCGAUGAGUUGCGGAGAUGCGAACGCGACCCUUCGCGCAUGCAAAGCUUCGCCCCAGCGCGCGGGUUCGUCAGACCGGAUGCCCACGGGGGACUGCGAAAAAGUGGACACGACGGCAAUCGAGGCGACUCGAGUCGAGACGAGCACUUCAGCGAUCGCCGUUCCCCAGGCGAGACGCACCAAACAGAUCCGGCUGAAGCAUCUUCCCUCCCCAUGUCCCGACCCCGCUCCGUCUCCCUUUCGUCUCCGCCCUGUUCGUCAGCUGUCGCGUCUUCUCUCUCGAGGUCUUCUUCGCUCUCGCGGUCUUCUUCGCUCUCGCGGUCUUCUUCGCUCUCGUGGUCUUCUUUGGUGCGGCCUUCGCUUGCUUCUUCGGAAGGCGCCUCCGAGAUCCGGGACUCGGGGAGGCGGAAGCGGAUUCCCGGAAGAGAUCUCCUCCACGCAGUGUCUCUCUUUGUCUCUGCCGAGGCGUUUCACUGGAUGCGAAACGAGCGUGAAUGGCUCUACGGGGAUGCGGCGCUUCAGGCGGCUUCGCUUUUUCUUCGGCUUCUGCCUUCGCUGGAAAACAGGAAUGAGGACCGGGGUGGAAGCUCUGGCCGACCGUUCGCCGCUGGACAGCAAAUGGCCUGGGACAUCCAGGGCGAAGCGCACGAGAAGGCAGGAGAGGAAGACAAAGAAAACGAGGUGGGGGAGCAUAGUUUGGCGAAUGAUGACGAUCAGGCACCACCGUGUUUCUAUAGGAACCCUUUCGUCACACCGACGAAUGUUCCUCCUCGCUUUCCUCCUCCGCUUUCUUCUGCUCUCCCCUUUUCUGCUGAAGCUUCUUUUCUUCUUCCUGGACUGAGAGACGACGUCUCAGAGGUUGCGGCUCUGCGUCUCAGAGAAGCAGCACUGACCCUCUUCGAAGAGCUCCUCGCGCUUCCACAGAAUGAGGAGAUCUUUCUCGGGUCCCUUGACGUCUGGACAGGGUGA